AUGGCAGGUGGCAGGUGCGGGGAGAGCCAGCAGUGUCCGGCCCAGGAGGACAGGGACAUGGCAGGUGCGGGGAGAGCCAGCAGUGUCCUGGCCCAGGAGGACAGGGACAUGGCAGGUGCGGGGAGAGCCAGCAGUGUCCUGGCCCAGGAGGACAGGGACAUGGCAGGGGCACUGGCUGUGAACGUCACCCUGGCCGAGGAGCCCGGCUCAAACCUCCCAACCGAGAGCGGUGGGAUCAGCCACGCCUCCGGCUUCAGGAAAGGACUCCUGGAAAGUGCCCAAGAGCCUUCCCGGCAUCUGCCCAGAAGCGUGGUGGGCUCCGGGGAAGGAGCCUGGACCGCAUCCGAGGUCCUCCAUCCUGUCGCUGCAGGGAGGGAAGAGGCGCCCUGGGAAGAAGGUGCCUUGAAGGUGGUCAGCACCGCCCUCCCUUCGCUGGCCGGGGGUACAGCGCUGGCGAGUCCAGCCAACGUGUCCGGGACCCAGGGGGACUCGGGGACCCUGGGCCUGUCCCCGGAAGGGUUGCUGCGGACUUUCCUUCCCUGCUUGGUGUCCUUGGUGUUCUGGGAGCUGCUGGCGGCCCCUCUGGAGCAGGUGGCGGACGACAGCCUGUUUGAGUACCUGGAUGUUGUGGACGCCACCGACCGGCACAGAACCCUUUGGGCCUGGAAGCUGCUGGGCACGGCGGCGGGCGUGUGCGGCAUCGCAGCCUUGGUGGAGCAGCUGGACUGCUCCCUGCAGGCCAGCGGCCCCCGGGGGGUGGUGUCCUUCUACGGCUACGCGCUGGUCAGCGUCCUGGCUCUGCCGGUCAGCACUGUUUUCCCCGUCCCCCUGUGCAGGCGGCGGGAGCCCAGCUGCAAAACCAGCAAAGCGCUCUCUCUGGUGGAGGGCGACCCCCGCCUCCUCCUCCUGGCCAUCACUGUCUUUCUGGUCGGAGCCGUCACCAGCACCACCCAGAACUUUCUGUUCUGGCACAUGCAGGACCACGGCAGCAGCGAGCUGGUGAUGGGCUUCUCCGUGGCCCUGGGCUUGCUGGGGGAGGUUCUCCUCCACCCGUUCAGGGCCACGUUGCUUAGAAAACUGUCCAGACUGGGAACCCUAGGGCUGGGGCUGGGCUGCCUCUCGGGGCAGCUGCUGUACUACUCCUUCCUCUGGAGCUGGUGGUCCGUCCUCCCAGUGCAGGUCUUGAGUGCCGUCAGCCAUGGGGCUCUGUGGUGGGCGGUGGGCGCCUCCCUAGAGGACCUGGCCACCCCCGGAAUGGAGAGACCUCUGAGUGCCAUGUUCCGAGGCCACUUCUAUGGGGGUGGGGCCAGCCUGGGCAGCUUCGUGGGGGGCUUCGUGGCGAGGCGCUUCAGCCUGGCGGUGCUCUACCAGGCCAGCUGUGCCGUCCUGGGGCUCUGGCUGGCCCUCUUCCUGUCCGUCCGGCCCAGGCUGCCCCAGGAGCCGAGAGUCAGCUACUCGAAGCUGCUGGUCGUGGAGGCAAGUGACACGAGCGACUCCGAGCAGGGGACCGAACGGGACUGUCUUGUGAAGGCCAGUCUGGGAAGGAGCCAAAGGACUGGACAGAACUCGGCCUGCUGAGGACAGAGUCCCCGCGUCCUGCCCGGGGCUCCACGGGCCUUGGGAGAGAGAGGGCACGUCGAUGCGGAAGCCCCACAGGUUCCUCUCCCUGUCGGAUUGCAGCUCAAUUUUGUAAAAAGUCAUGGAGG